AUGUCAGUCUUCAAGCUGUUGGGCCACCUCAUCUUCUUUGACUCUGGAGCCAAUGCCCCCAUUGUAUCCAGCACACUGUCCUUGAACAUGGCCAUCUUUUCUUCUGUCUGCCUGGCCUCACGUCUUCCCCAGUCCGUGCCUGCCUUCGUCAUGGUGACGUUUGCCAUCCAGAUUUUUGCACUGUGGCCCAUGUUACAGAAGAAACUGAAGGCCUGUACUCCCCGCAGCUAUGUGGGGGUCACAAUGCUUUUUGCCUUCUCAGCCCUGGGAGGCCUGCUCUCCAUGAGUGCAGUGGGAGCCAUACUCUUUGCUCUUCUGCUGGUUUCCAUCUCCUGUCUCUGCCCUUUCUACCUCAUUCCCCUGCAGCUUUUUAAAGAGAACAUUCAUGGGCCUUGGGAUGAAGCUGAGAUCAAAGAAGACUUUUCCAGGUUCCUCAGCUAA